UAUUCUCUACCUCAACUGACAUUAAAGAGAAGAAAAGUCAAUACAAUUGACAGUUUUGAUUUUAAAUGCAUUGUAUUCAUAAAUUUUUACUGUUGUCAAACAUUUUGGUAUAUUUUAAUGUCUUCCGUGUUUAGAGGUCAUCUGCUGAAGAGCCUCGUUGUGUUUGGUUCGCAGUAUCGGCGGCUGUCCACCAAGCAAGGAUGUCCACGAACGAAAAACAUCCUGUUAUCAACGUUAGGCGUAAUCGGGGCUGGUGCAGGGGCGCUCCUAUACGCUCUCGAGAACGCCGUGGAGGCCGCUGGGUACGUGGACGCGGCCCACUUCCCCCAUCAGCCGUGGAACCACUAUGGCUGGACUCAGGCGCUGGACCACGCCAGCAUCCGGCGCGGUUAUGAGGUUUACAAACAGGUAUGUAAAGUGUGCCACUCCUGCGAAUACAUAGCGUUCCGCAACCUGGUGGGCGUGACGCACACAGAGGAGGAGGCCAAGGCGGAGGCCGCUGAAGUGAUGGUGAAAGACGGGCCCGACGAGACCGGAGAGUACUUCGAGAGGCCAGGCCGUCUGUCUGACUACUUCCCAAGCCCGUAUCCGAACGAGAACGCGGGACGCUACGCUAACAACGGCUCCUAUCCUCCGGACCUCUCCCUCAUAGUGCUCGGCAGACACGGCGGCGAAGACUACAUCUUUUCGUUGCUCACAGGAUACUGCCCCGCCCCAGCCGGUGUGGUCCUCCGAGAGGGCCAGAACUACAACCCCUUCUUCCCGGGCGGAGCCAUAGCUAUGGCAGAGGUACUUGAGAACUUCGCCGUCGAAUACACGGACGGGACGUGCGCGACGCAGGCGCAGAUGGCCAAAGAUGUGGCCACGUUCCUGCGCUGGACGUCUGAGCCGGAGCUGGACGACCGCCGGCAGAUGUCCAUCAGGCUCUGCCUCUGGUUCACCCUAGCCUGCGCGAUGACGUGGUUCUUCACCAAACAUAAGUGGACGACCAUGAAAUCAAGGAAAAUCGCUUACAAGCCCGUCUCCAAGUGA